AUGAAAGGGUCUGGUGGAGGUUCACCGAGCCGAGCCGCCGGCUUGCUUACCGCGCGUUAUGAAGUCGGACAGGCAGCGUUGGCGCCGGCCUCGCAAGCCCGUCGACAGGACAACCAGUCUGCCUCUUCGGGAAGGAGACCCGGUGCCAAUCCUGGUUCGUUCUUCUAUGAGGAUCCGGUGCAAGUCUGGGAAGGUGUUAGAGACGCAACUGUCCGUGCGCAGGACCUGUCGGGGAGAGGUGCCCUGCGCGAAAUUACGGAAGAAGAGAAAGAUAUUCUGGCUACGCGAGCAGCGCGAGAUCCGGCGGAACGGUUGGUCGGCACAGGAGCGCAAGCUGCUGCAGAAAUCUUGAAAGAACAGCAGGACAUAGCAGAGAGCCCCUUGCGCAUUCACGUCCGAGUACCCGCAUCAUGCGCAAAUCUGGGAUCGGGAUUUGACUGCCUCGGCUUGGCGGUGAACAUCUGGAAUGAUGUUAUCGUCGAAGAGGAAGAGAAACAAGAAAUCAUUUUGCAUGGAGAAGGCGAAAACGAACUGCCCAGGGACAACUCGAAUCUGGUUGUCUGUGGGUUCUACGCGGUUUUGGCUCGCCUUCAGCUUACGGCGUCGAAACUCCCGAAAUUUCGAUUUACCUGUUAUAACCGAAUUCCAGUUGCUCGCGGCCUGGGUUCUUCCUGUGCGGCACUUGUGUCGGGCAUCUUAGCAAGCACCGCCCUCGCACCCUUUCUGCAGAGGCGCUGCGCCGGCGAUGACGUGCGCAUUCAAGAAGGGAAGAGGAAGGACUCCGGGGAGCGAGAUGCCGCCCUCUUCGCCAUGGAGGGCGAGUGGCUUCAUCAAGCUGGACUGGCUGUAGAAGUCUGCGAUGAAAAAUUCCUUCUGAAGAUUGCGUGCGACCUCGAAGGUCAUGCAGACAACGCCGCGGCAGCUCUUUUCGGAGGCCUUCAGCUGGCUCUACAGUAUGUGCCUCGGGACCCGAUGACCGUGCUCGCAACCAUUGAGAAGACGCACUACCCCACGCCGUUUGACAUUAAGGCAGCAAAAGAAGCCGCCAAAGCGGUUGCCGCUGCUGGUGGUGCUGUAUCUCCACUCCCCGGUGCUGAAAAAAAUGCAGCUGUUAGUCUGAGACCCAGGGGAAAGGAUGGCGGCAAAGGAGAAAAGACACGGAAGCUCACUGACGGCGAUUCGUGGCUGGCUCGCGGAAUUCCCAUACCCGCCAACCUUAAAUGCGUCCUGUUUGUUCCUGAUGACCGGCUCGAAACCGCGCAAGCUAGGGAGGUCCUUCCUCGCACGGUACCGUUAGCUGACGCGGUAUUUAACUCCUCUCGCACGGCUCUACUGACGUACGCGAUGAGCACUGCUGCCGCCGCUUCGGUCGUGGCAGAGGCGGGAGACGGUGGAACGCCUGCGAAGGCAGCAGACGCAGCAGAAAAUGUUCUUUACCGGCUUCUGCAAGAGGCUAUGGACGAUCGCCUACACCAGAACUAUCGUAAGAAGCUCAACCCGCACUUCGAGCCGAUCAUGGAAGCUGCCCAGAGAGCCGGUGCGCUGGGGGUUUGUUUGAGUGGAGCGGGGCCGUCAGUGCUCGCGUUCACGAUGGAGCAUCACGCCGGAGAAAUUGCGGAGGCUAUAAAACAGGCGGCUGCCGAGUGUAAGAAAGAAGGGCUCGUCUUGGUUGUUGAUCCAACGAGCGAAGGUGCACACACAGUUCAUUUCGCACGCGAGCGCGAUGAUGACGGAUGGUAG